AUUUGUAUUCCCAUUUGCUAAAGAGACCAAUAAGAAUUAAGAAAUUGAAAAUUGACAAAAUGAGUUGAAUUUCCUUCCUUAGAUAAACCUAAUUAUGAGCAAAACCAAAAACUACUGGGAAAGUAAGAAGACAAAGGAGUAUAUGAGAGGCUUAGAAUUCAAUUUCCAGAAGAACCCAAAUAAUAAUCCUAUCAACAAAACCUCACAAUUCACAUAUACUUCUCAGUUCUUACAAACUUGAAACUGUUUAACUUCCGAUAAUUUCAUUCAGUUCUUACACAUAUAUCUUCACUUCAAAAUCCCAUCUUUUUUUCUUAAUUUUUUUCAUGGUUUGAGGAAUUUCAUCUGUAAAAUCAUCUUCAAUCAUAGAUCUAUGAGGUAAUUUGAAUUUUUUCUCAAUUAUUUUAGGUGGGUAGAGGAAAUAUCUGAAUAAUAAAUUCAUGGAAAGAGAAGAAAAGAAUCAGAUUCAAGCAACAGAGCCAGAAUUUGUUUUACAAUGGGGGAAAAGACAGAAAUGUCUUCGAUUUAAGAACCCUAAUUUUACUUCUAAAUCCGCCGGAGGAAUCCGCCGGAAAAUCACUUCUCGCAUUGUAACUGACACUACUGACACAUCUUCUUCACCCCUUAAUCGCAUCAGCAGGGGUUCAGAUGGGUUAGGAAAUGGGAAGUCACCGGAGAAAGAAGAAAGAUAUUACACGACAAGGGGUUCAUCGGCGGGAGAAGAGAAAGAAAAUGGGAAGUCAAAUAUGGCGGAAGGAAAUGGGUUUGGGGUUGUUGCACAAGAUAAAGGGAAUUUAGUAUGGCCAAAGUUGUAUAUAAGUUUGUCAAGUAAAGAAAAGGAAGAAGAUUUUUUGGCCAUGAAAGGAUGUAAGCCUCCUCAAAGACCUAAAAAGAGGGCUAAAUUGAUUCAACGCACCUUACUUUUGGUGAGCCCAGGAGCAUGGUUAUCUGAUAUGUGUCAAGAAAGGUAUGAAGUUCGAGAGAAGAAAGCUCCCAAGAAGGGAAACUCACAUAAGCAAAGACCAAGAGGAUUGAAGGCUAUGGGAGCGGCCGUAGACAGCGACUCUGAAUGAUAAAGAUAUGUCUUUUGCUAUUUCUAUGACUACUAUUUAGGAUUUGAUAGGGAUUAGGAAGAAGCUUAUUUUGCCUUAUGUUAGCAAACUGUAAUGUAAAUUCCCCCUUGUGUUUAUCUAAGGGAAUCCCAUGGUGCAUGCAUUCUGUUGUAUAUACAAGUAUACGAUCAAGGAAGAUUCGAAUUAUUUAAGAUUUUAUUUCAA